CUCAGGAACUGCGAUUGCGGAUCCUACCUCACUUCAGAGCUUGUCACUAUGGUCUACUACUUCUCUUCGAAUACCGUCUCUCCAGCGGCGUUCAUAUACGUAGGCAAGGACAAGGUAGAAAACGAAGAGCUGAUAAAGUAUGGCUGGGAAGAAGAUGUGUGGUUCCACGUCGACAAUCUCUCUUCGGCGCAUAUUUACGUGCGGUUACCGGAGGGUCAGGAUUGGGAGACAAUCGACAAGGACUUGCUGGUGGAUUGCGCGCAGUUAACCAAGGCGAACAGCAUUGAAGGCAACAAGAAAGACAACAUCACAAUCGUAUAUACGCCGUGGUCGAACUUGAAGAAGGAUGGGAGUAUGGCUGUGGGGCAGGUCAGCUUCAAGGAUCAGAGGAAGGUCAAGCGGAUACACGUCGAGAAGAGGGAGAACCCCAUCGUUAAUCGCCUCAACAAGACUAAGGUUGAGAAGUACCCGGAUCUGAGGAUGGAGAAGGAGAAUAGGCAGAAAGAGCUCAGAAAGAGGGAUAGGGACGCACAGCAGGCAAGGAAGAAGGAAGAGGCACGAGUGGCCAAGGAGAGGAAGGAGAAGGCGUGGCAGCGAGAUCAUGCCUACGACGACAUCAUGUCCGAGGAGAACAUUGCCGAGUCAAGCAACCAGAACCGGGACGAGGAUUUCCUAGACGACUUCUUCUGAGCGCAUGCUGAGCCUCGGCUAGCUCCUUUCCAGACCUAGGAGACUUGACAGACGUUCUCCCACUUCCUAAUGGCACGAGACAUAUUCCAUAAACAUGCCUUUCUAUGCUCAUUGUAGGCUAUUGUGGUAUGUAUAGGGCGGGCAGGUGUUCCGUAGAUCCAAGCGCUAGGCGACGAGGCAGUCUCAAUUCGGGUCUCGAACGGUCAUUGCUGGCAUGCACAUGCCCAUGCUUUCAUUAAGCAUCCGUAUGUUAUGAUUGAGGGAAUCAAAGGUGGUGGUUUU